GUUUUUGAAUAAUAGAAUACUUUAUGACUUAACCAUUACUAUUUCUAACAUGGAUAUGAUCAGCUUCCUUAGGCACAAAUUUACAUACUGGGCCAGGCAUGGUUAUUACCAUGAUGCGACGCAACAAGCUGUACGUAAAUACGGACAUGUAUACGGCACCUACGGCUUACACAAUAAAUGUAUCACGAUAAACGAGCCCACAUUAAUCCGGAACAUUUUGGCUAAAGACUUCCACAUUUUCGCCGAUAAACCAAUAUAUGCGGGUACAGCGAAAAUAUACAAGAGCAUUUUUCUCAUUUCCGCUAAUGAACGGUGGAGGAAUAUACGGAGUAUAAUGUCCCCGGCGUUCAGCUCCGGGAGGUUAAAUGCCAUGAUGUCUCAUAUAUCGGACAUUUCCGAUAGGCUUAUGGAUAAUUUGGAAAAAUACAAAAAGUCUGAAACGUUCAAGUAG